UCAGUGUGCCACGGCGCAACCGGACAGGCGUUUCGUGAUGGGGGUGGCUGGAGGCGCCUAACGGUAGCUGAGUCGCAUGAUCCCUUCAUUCGGGUUCGCACGGCUACCGUCGUCUACUCUCGGUUCUCCGUGUUUCGAAGAAUUUAUCGAAACGGUCGUACCACUGCGCUCGCAUUCGUCUACGCGAGUUUCACUCGUUUUCGCGCGUGCAAUUGUACCUUUCUUCCUCGAGUUUCUUUGUUUCGUCACUUUUAGCAUUCCGUUUCCGUGCGUUCCUCAUUUUCGUUCACGCGCUUCACGAUGACGUUCGACUAUUAUUUAAUGUAUUUGUUCUCGAUAAUAAUUGCGUAUCGUUUAUUCGAAAAUUCUCGAGGAAAAUUUAUCUUUGUACGUGUAUAAUUUUGUUUAUUCGAUAUUCGAUGAAAAAUGAACGUAAGUGAUUGAAUAGUGUUUGUAGUGAUUCUGUCAAUAUUUUUCUGGAACGAAGUGUAUUACUGAUCACGUGUCAAUUUUCGUAAUCUCGCAACGAAUUUUUAAUUGAUAAAUUCUGUAUUUUAAAAAUGUUUAAAAAAUAUAUAUAAUUUUUAUUUUAUAUAAUAAUUUUGAUCAACGAAACGAAUAUAUAUAAACGAAUGUAAAAUUGAAAAAGGAAAAAGAAUUUGGUGUCUAAUAGUUCAUCAACGAUUCCGGUGGUUUGCUAGUUCCAUUAGUUUUCCCGCGAUUUUCGUAGUUAGCAUCAUGGACGCGUCCCUCGUGCAUUUUUUAAGAGUGUGAACUGUGAGUGGAAAUAAUUAUUAAAACAUGAACACGUGAGAUACCUUUGGAAAUUAAACAUUUAAUAAAAGCAAUUGUACUGGCAGCUAGAUUUUAAGUAAAUAGAGACUUUGAGUGCAUUUAUCGAAUCAAAAGCUUUGAUCUUGUGUGUAAAAUUCUGUAAUCACCAAUGAUACAUCGGAAAAAAAAUUCAAUGUGACUAUGUCGCUUCUAUUGAAUAGAAUUCGAUUCUAUGAUAGAUGAUAUCGUGUAAAUCAGUGAAUAAAUGAAGAAUGACAUAAAUCGUGUGGACUGAUCGCGAGUGAAUAUCGUAAAUGUUACCAAUGCGAACCAAUAUUCAAUGUGAUUGAAGUGACGUAAUGUACGUUUAACAUAACCUGUAUAUCAACACCGUAACUGAACGUUGUCUUUAAACAAGAUACGUGUAAUCGAUGCUACGAACGUAUAAUCAUCGAAUCGAAAUUUAAUAAAAUAUUCUUAAAUUUCGCGAUAAAUGUUCAAAAUGUUUGAUUCAUUAGGACCGACUGGUUCUUUGAUUAGACGAGACAAUCCCAGCAACUUGAAACCAAUUAAGAGUUUGAAACCACUUUCUUGAGAGAAUCUACUAAUUAAAGCGGGUCAUUUGAUAUUUUACUGUAAAAUCGGUUAAUGUCGCCAUGCUGGAGAGAUCGAAAUAGUUUAUACGUUUAUACGUUUGAGUGGUGUUUGCGUUCGGAUAUACGGCUACAGAUCGGAAGAACAGCCAGGAAUCGACGAGUCGUUUUUUUCACGACUGACGUUUACUUGGCACAGGAAUAUUCGUCGAAAGAGGGAAUGAAGGGCCAUCCAGACAGCACGUAGGGACUGGCCCUUCUCGUUUUCGGAGAUGUGGCGCUAUCUACAAUACAUUAUCUUCGGGCUUACCGUCGUCCUGCUGACGAUUCAUGAGAUAGUCUUUGUGCAAGCUGGUGAACAAGAGAGGGUGGCAUGGUACGAGGGUGCGACACGCGCGAUCGAAGGGCGUAUUCGCGCGUCGGCGGCGACUUGGAGCGCGCCACCGGCGGGCGGCGUGGCGAGGGGCGUCGUUCUCUUCGUCGGCGACGGAAUGGGGAUGAGCACUCUCACGGCAGCGAGGAUCCUCUCGGGUCAACGUCGUGGGAACACGGGCGAGGAAGCGCAACUCGCGUGGGACAGCUUUCCAGCCGUGGCACUGGCAAGGACUUACAACAUGGAUGCCCAAGUCGGAGAGUCGUCAGCAUGCGCGACGGCAUUACUCUGCGGGGUUAAAGCCAAUUACGAGACUGUUGGCCUGGACUCCUCUGCACGCUUCGAGAACUGCUAUUCCAGUUUUGAUGCCCGUGUACCGUCCCUUAUCAAUUGGGCGCAGGAGCAGGGCAAAUCGACAGGAUUGGUCACGACGACGAGGGUGACGCACGCGACACCGGCGGCCCUUUACGCCCACGCGGCCAGCCGUUACUGGGAGGACGACGGCAAAGUGCCACCUGCUGCACGAACAUCGUGCAAGGACAUCGCGCGCCAGCUGCUCGAGGAUGAGCCAGGCCGUAACAUCAACGUGAUACUCGGCGGAGGUAGACGACAUUUCGUGUCGAAAGUGACCCAGGAUCCGGAGGAGCCGGAUAAGGAAGGGAGACGAUUGGACGGGAGGAACCUGAUCGAAGAAUGGUCGAGGAACCAUCGGUUGCGGAACGUGGCCGCGAAAUACGUGGCUAACAAGGAGCAGUUCGAGAGCGUCGAUCCACGGAAAGUGAACCAUCUGUUGGGGUUGUUCUCCUAUUCCCAUAUGGACUUCGACGUUGAUCGAAACACGAACGGAAGCGGUGACCCGUCACUGGCCGAAAUGACGAUAAAGGCGCUUCGUAUACUGGCCAAAAAUCCCGAAGGAUAUUUCCUUUUCGUGGAAGGUGGCAGAAUCGAUCACGCGCAUCACUAUAACAAUGCUUAUCGAGCGUUGGACGAAACAUUGGCUUUGGAGGAAGCUGUGAGGGCGGUGAUGAAGGAAGUGGACUUGUCAGAGACGCUUCUCGUCGUGACGGCGGAUCACUCGCACGUACUCACGCUUGGUGGUUUAGCAACGCAUCGUGGGAAUCCUAUAUUUGGUUCCGACAGCAAGAUGUCCGAUGUUGAUGGACAACCGUAUACAACGUUAUUGUACAGCAACGGACCCGGAUACACGCAGCCAAGGAAUAUUUUACGAGAGGCUGGCAAGGAUUCCAUUCAGACUGCGGGCGUUCCCCGUGCAUGGGCGACGCACGGCGGCGAGGACGUGCCAGUGUUCGCGAUCGGCCCCCUGGCCAACGUCUUGUUCUCCGGGAGCAUCGACCAGAGCUACAUACCUCACGCGAUCUCGUACGCCUCCUGCCUGGGCCAGCACGCGACCCGUUGCUCCCGGGACCCGGCAUCCAGCAACGACACGAUCAACGUCCCGAUAAGCUGUCCCUCGGCGGAGCCGAACAGCGCCGCGAUAUCCAGCGACGUGAUGAACGACCAGGCCAGAAAUCCACCCGCCAAAUCCGCCGCGUCCACCCUCCUCCUCCUCGCGCCGGCCGCUCCUCUCCUACCCCUCGUCCUUGCCGCUCUACCAUCCCCCUCUACCCUCCGGGGGACGAGUUAAUGCCCGUCGGAUCCUCUUCCGGUCGAUGCUUCCGACCCUCUCUCUCCCUCCCCUUUAAUCCGGUCGGAGGACGAGACAACAGGUGAUCCAACGACUUCGUUAUUCGGGAUUAACGGCAUCGGACGCGGGAGAGAUUCGAAGGAAGGGAUGUGGAAUCGAGUCGUCCGGAUGAGGGUUAAUAAACGGACGAAGCUCUGUUAAUUCUUCCCUUGGCGGGGGAAGCGAAACGGUGUACAAAACGAGCCUCUGCCAGAGGGUAUUCGCCAAGAAAUUCGAAUUUCCGCACGCGCGUGAAUAAUUGAUCCGAUAUAUCCUCCGGCGCCUCCUUCUCUCCUCCUCGAUCGAGAGUAUACGCCUCCCCUGGAACCUGUUUCGUAAAAUCUAGGUGUACGAUUAAUGCACGACAAGGGGGAGGUUGUCUCUUAUCAAGGCCUUGAACGUGGAUUAAUCCCUUAUUAACCGUGUAGAAACGGAGAGAGAGAGAGAGGUGGGUAUCGGAUGGAAAGCGAAGUAAUUUGCUAGUGGAGCGAGGCAUGUCGAAAAAGUUCUUUCUCGGAAUCUAUGGAGUCCAUCCACUUGAACGAGAGAGAAAGAGAGAAAGAGAGAGUUAAUGACGGUUCUUGCCUAAUUUCGCGAAGAAUUUUAGGCGCAAGAGGGUGGAAAGCGGUUGACGAGGGACAAUUUGCGACGAUAAUGACUAUCCCAAGGCGGCUCGGUGAACUUUUACCGACUUUCAAAGCUUUAGCAGAAUCUAAAUGGGGUUUACAAGUGCUACGUGACGAGGAUACUUGAUCCGGGACCCACCAACGAUUAUCCGAUAGACUCGAUUCGAGGGAGAGGAGAAGAAUCCAGUCCAAGCGUUUCUUUCUGAAAUUUUUCUGAAAAUUUGUAGUUUCGUUGUAAGUUUGAAAUAUGAUGAAAGGGAUGAUGUUCGAAAAUUGGUGAAAUAAUGGCGACGUCGAUCGUUCCUUCGAAUUUACGACGAUUUUAAUUUAAAACAACGACGAAGAUGAAUAGAAUGGGGUUCGAAAAACGGAUAUUUCCACCAGGGAAAUAAAUUCUUCCGUUAGUUUUCCGUUAUUUCCCUUUUUUUAUUUCUUGUUUUCUAAUUUCAAUUCGUCCCAUCGAAACGGAAUAUCCAUCUCUAUUUACGCUCUCGUGGCAAUUUGCUGGAGAACGAAUCGAUUGUAAAUUUGUACGAUAGAAAUAAAAGUAUUUGAUCGGCAACGAUAUCCACUGAUGAUGUAUAAUUCCAUCGAAUAUAUCGAGAUUAUUACGACUUGUAAGCCCGUUUCCACUUCAUCGAAACGACUGUGCAUGCGUUUAAUCACUGAAACUCGAGGAAACGUUUCAACAUCCUUGAUCAACCGGUUUCGUUUGACUUUUCGAAAUAAAUCUCGGCCGCGAAUUAACGUAUUAUAUUAAUACGGAUGAGUUGGAACGCUGGAAUAAGGAUAAAAUGCAAAUAACCGUUAUAUGACCGUUUCCAUUAGUACUGGAAGGGAAAUUUUGAGAUUCGAAAAACGGGCGAGAAUCGGGGGCAGGGCUCUUAAGAAAAAUCAGCGUUUAAUUCAAAUUUAUGAUAAUCGGGUCUGUGAUAGUCGAGUUUAAUAACGAUCAACCCCCUAGGAAUUUUCAAGGAAACAUCUGGAUUUCCUUUUAUUUUUUUUUCCUUUUUUUUUUUUUUUUCCAUUCUCGACGGGGAAUGUCGAUCAAAGUAGUGAUUAGAAGGAUCGCGAUAAAAGUGGGGAUCAAGGGAGUCCGGGUAAAGAUUCCCGAUCGAUCAGAGGUGACACAAACGACCUUUUUACGAGCGAACGAAAUCAGAUUCACUUUGAUCCUGCGGAUUACUAUCCGCAUUGAAAAGGAGAUUCUCGAGGCGUUCGAGGAGCAUCUUGAUUUCGAGAUCGAGCCUUUUUCAAAUUGCCUUUGUCGAUUGCCUGGCGCUUAUUCCUCUUUAAUAAGCUAUCGUUUAAGCUGUAAAAUUAAAAGAAAAAAAAAAAAAAAAGAAAAAAACC